UGAACAUACAAGAAUUAACAACACUGAUAUCUGAUGUGGAUAAGUGUAGAACAUAAACUGUAUGAGUAAGAGGCUGGCUUUAUGUAGAAAGAUCCCAGGAAGCUUGGCUAACUGAAGGAUCUGCCUCAGCUCCCGUCUCUUUUGUUGGAACUUGUCAGGAGGAUACUGCCUGCAGCAUGCUGCAGACAGUUAGUGAUUGGCUGUGGUGGGAGCGUCUGUGGCUGCCAGGUAACGUCUCCUGGUCUGAUCUGGAGGACAGUGAAGGUCGUGUCUACGCCAAAGCCUCUCAACUUUACGCCACGGUGCCCUGCGCCCUCUGCCUGCUCCUUGUCAGAUACCUGUUUGAGAGGUUCCUGGCCACACCAUUGGCUAAUGUUUGGGGUAUUAAGGACAAGGUCCGCCGGAAAGCAGAACCAAACCACAUCCUGGAAAGUUUCUUCUGCAGCCAAACACGGUUUCCCUCACAGGCUGAUGUGAGGUCUCUUUGUAAGAAGACCAGCUGGUCAGAAGGGAAAGUUCAUGUCUGGUUUAGGAGGAGGAGAAACCAGCAGCGUGCAGGGCUCCGCAAGAGGUUCUGUGAAGCCAGCUGGAGAUGUGUAUUUUAUUUAUUUGCAUUUGUCUAUGGAGUCUUUGCGCUCUAUGAUAAACCUUGGCUUUAUAAUCUGAGGGAGGUUUGGGCUGGCUUUCCUAAACAGUCCAUGCUACCAUCUCAGUACUGGUAUUACCUCCUGGAAAUGGGCUUCUACUUCUCCCUACUUCUCAGUCUCACAUUUGAUGUGAAACGGAAGGACUUCAAAGAGCAGGUGAUCCAUCAUAUAGCCACACUGACCCUUCUGAGCUUCUCCUGGAUCUCAAACUACAUUCGUAUCGGGACGCUUGUGAUGGCACUUCAUGACUCAUCUGACAUAUUGCUGGAGGGUGCCAAAGUGAUAAAUUAUGCCACAUGGCACCGGACUGCUAAUGCCAUUUUUGUGGUAUUCACAGUUCUUUUUAUGGCAACAAGACUUGUCAUUUUUCCGUUCUGGCUGAUCCACUGUACAUGGGUAUACCCCUUGGAGCUAUUUCCCCCCUUCUUCGGCUACUACUUCUUCAAUGUGAUGUUGUGUGUUCUUCAGAUACUCCACAUUUACUGGGCUUUUCUCAUAUUACGAAUGCUGUUCAAGUUUAUCUUCAGCAAGCUGGAAGGUGAUGACAGGAGUGAUGAAGAGGAGGAGGACAGUGACUCACCUGAGGACAGAAAUCACAAACUGAAUCACAAAAAUGGCUCAGGAGUCAGAGGCCGAGCAAAUGGCCACUGACACAAACACGCAAAGACAGCAGAAAAUUCAGAUGGACAGCAGACAUAAGGAGGUUCAGUCUGGAUUAACAUUGUUAUCUACGUGAAAGAUAUAGGGAAGUGUGAAGGAUUUACAUGAAUUGAUUUGAAGCCACAUCAUUUCUGAAAUUCUAUUAAUUCAGUGCCCUCAACUUGGCUACUUAUGUUGUUCUCCCAAUCCAAUAUGGAAGACUCCUUUACUCUUCUUUUUUCUUUUAAACAUGUUUUUUAGAGUAAAUCUGAAUUGUGUGGGGAAAUGUGCUGUUAUGUGUUUGUUUUGCUAAGGCGACUUGAUGCUGAACCAAAGCACUGCAUGGAAAUGAAUGUUUCUAAGACUGUGGCCGACUGUGUCUUUAUGUCUUUCAUUCUAUGGCCUG